AUGCGCAUUAAAGAAGUCGAUGGUAAAUUCAAAGAAAUUCAGGCUUGCCAACCUAAGCAACCGCAGUUUCUAAUCCUUCCUGCUUCCCAAGUAUGUGAUAACUGCUCACCAGCCAAGGAACUUACUUGUCCAACAGCCACAGUAUGCGACUUUUCUCUGCUCAAGCAAACUACGAAUUCUGAGAAAUGUUUGACUUACGAUUGCAAGCAAGGUUCACUUUUGGCUCAGGUUGGCCAACAACCUGAAGCAAUCACAAGUGCAGUAUGUGAUAGGAAUAAUCAGCUUAUCUGGAAAACCAGUGGAGGAGAGUUGUUGGGAAGGAAUUUGCAGGCAACUUGUGGAUUUCCUUGCACAAAUUGUAACGCACUGACUUGUGAAGAAACGCCAUGUCCUCCCGGUUAUGACUGCGCUGUUUGCAGUGAAAGCCCAAUCGUCUACUCCAUAAACCCGCAAGGAUGUGCAGUCGCUACUUGCGGUAGCGGUCAGAUGUUCAGCAAAGGCCAAGCAGCUCAACAAGCUACUUGUGCUGAUGGUGGCUAUUUGAUAAAUGGCCAGAUCGUCAGUCAGGUCGCUUGCGGAUUGCCUUGCACCACAUGUACCGUCCUUCAGCCUGAUGGUCUCACCUGUCCAGAAGGUCUUGUCUGUGCACCUGUAUCUAAGCGUGAAGGUCAGUGCAGUGAAGCAUAUUGCCCAGCUGGUGUGAUGAACGCUGAUGGUGUCCAGGUAAACUUCCUGUCUUGUAAUGGUAAGGGACAAUGGGUUGACAAUGCUGGAACCGUAUACACUAAUGCACACUGUGAAAUGUCAUGUGAACUCUGCAAGGCUAUUAGCAACUCUGGCAUGCCAUGCCCAGCAGGACUGAUCUGCGAAGCUCCUUUAGAGAGGGAAGGAACUUGUAAGGAGGAAUACUGUCCCAAAGGUGAACUGAGAGGAAAUCCAGCUCGAACACUUCUGUCGUCCCUGACCUGCAAUGGAAUGAGCCAAUGGGUUGAUUCGCAAAACGCUGUCUAUACUAGCGCACAGUGCGAAUACCCUUGCGAUCAAUGCACAGAAUUGUGUGUUUGCGGACUGACAUGCCCUACAGGAUUUGUGUGCACGCCAGUAGUCAGUGAAGCAGGACAAUGUCCGGCUGCCACCUGCCCUGUAGGAACUAUGAGAGCGUCUCCUGGUAAUGUGAUCGUAACUUCACUUACCUGCAAUGGUGAGGCUCAAUGGGUUGAUGACCAAGAGACUGUUUAUACUUCUGCUCAGUGCGAAGCACCCUGUACCGAGUGUCCAGCGAUUUCAAAUAGUGGAAUGGAAUGCCCGAAAGGACUUUUGUGCAAAGUACCAUCUACACGUGAAGGCCAGUGUCCGGAGGCUUAUUGCGAGAAAGGAGUACUUACUGGUAAUCCCGAAAGAACAACACUAGCUCUCCUCACUUGCGAUGAGAAUGCUCAGUGGGUAGAUGGAUCCACACCUUAUACAGUUGCUCAGUGUGAAUCCCCAUGCGAUCGCUGUCCAGCCCUCACUAACGACGGAAUGACAUGCCUUACUGGCUUCAGAUGCACUCAAGUAUUGACGAGAAAUACUGGACAAUGUCCCGAAGUUUACUGCGAGACUGGACUAAUGACAGCAGGCUCCGGCAGGACAACUGUCACCUCACUGUCGUGUGAUGGUGAACAGCAAUGGAUAGAUUCGGCAUCGACUGUAUAUGACAGCGCUCAGUGCGAGACUGGAUGUACAUGCCAGCCACUGACAAUCACUGCCUCGCCAAUUCGAUUGAUGCCAUCUCGAGGAAAUGCGUUGAGUGCAGAUGCUGACGGAUGUUCCACGCUGGGUAUGGGUUGUAGAACAUCGGAUAUCUACAGACUCGUUACAUCCGAAGGCGUGGUCACACUAGAACCUCCGGCUGGUCGACAAACUCCAAUGACUUGCGUAGAUGGACAAUGGAAAGCCACCAUCAAUGGCGCUGAAACCACGGUCACAGAACAAGCUUGCUAUGCUUUCGCCUGCACAUCUUGCGCAGAUGUGCAAGCAGGAGUUGGUGUCACCAUCACCACAACUUAUGAUGCUACCAGCUGGUGCAAGCAAGUCAAUCUCAGUGGUUGCCCCAAUGGAUACAGGCCAUUCGUCUACUCUGAAAGCGCAGAAGGAUGUAAAAUUGCCAGAUGCACACAAGGUCAAAUGUUCGCCAAUGGACAGCCAACGACUGAAGCAUUUUGUGCUAGUGGAGACUAUGUGGACGUAACUAACGAACAACGUAUCACCAGUGCAUCUUGCGGACUGCGUUGCGAUACUUGCACAGCUCUUACAACCGACGGUCUUACAUGCCCAGAAGGCUCUACUUGUACCGCAGUAUCUAUACGUGAAGCCCAAUGCAAAGAAGCAUACUGCCCCGCUGGUCAAAUGACCGCCAACGGAGCGCAAGUAGAUCUUCUUACCUGUAAUGGUCAGGGCAAGUGGGUAGAUGAGGCAGGAACCGAAUACACAGCUGCACAGUGCGAGAUGUCAUGUGAGAAUUGCGAGGCUUUGAGCAAUGCUGGCAUCUCAUGCCCCAUCGGACUCACCUGCGAGGCUCCUACUGAACGUCAAGGAGAGUGUAAAGAGAGUUACUGCCCCAAAGGAGAAUUGAGGGGUAGCCCAACUCGGAUACUUUUGACAUCAUUAACCUGCAAUGCAAUGAGUCAAUGGAUUGAUGAUCAAAAUACUGUCUAUAGUAGCGCGCAAUGUGAAUACCCUUGCAAUCAAUGCACAGAUUUGUGCAUUUGCGGAAUGACAUGUCCUGUAGGAUUCGUGUGUACAGCAGUGGAGACUCAAGCAGGUCAAUGUCCAGUUGCUGGCUGUCUUAGUGGAGUUAUGCGAGCAUCUCCCGGAGAAGUGAUUGUCCCUUCCCUUACCUGUGAUGGUGAUGCACAGUGGGUUGACGAGCAGAAUAAAGUCUACACUUCUGCGCAAUGCGAGGAGUCAUGCACGGAAUGCACAGCAUUAACCAACAGCGGAAUGGACUGUCCAAAAGGAUUCCUAUGUGAACCAGCUACCCGACGUGAAGCGCAAUGCUCCGAAACCUAUUGCCCCACUGGUGCUCUCACUGGAAAUCUAGCAAGAACAAUGUUGGGAGUUUUGACCUGUGAUGUUACCGCUGAAUGGCUCGAUGCGCAAUCUGCGUCGUAUACUGUAGCGCAGUGUGAGAUUCCUUGUGAUCGAUGUCCUGCCUUAACAAGGACAGGAAUGUCAUGUCCCUCAGGUAUUGUGUGCACUUCAGUCAUGACAAGGAAUACUGGACAAUGCCCUGAAAGUUAUUGUGAGUCUGGCUCGAUGACGGCUGGAUCCGGACGAACAACUGUCACAUCAUUGUCUUGUAAUGGAGCCCAGCAAUGGGUAGACUCUCAGUCAACAGUGUACACUUCCGCUCAAUGCGAAACAUCAUGUAUAUGCCCACCAUUGCCUAUUACGACCCCACCCCCAUCCAUGACCGUCAGAGGAAACGCUUUGACCAUGGCGAAUGGCUGUUCAACCUUAGGUACCGGCUGUAGGGCAUCGGAUCAAUUCAGACUCGUGACACCUAAUGGCGUAGUUACUCUGGAACCUCCGGCUGGACGAACAUCCACCUGGACUUGUGACGGUGGUCAGUGGAAAAUAACUAUCAAUGGUGUGCCGACCAUUGUGCAAGAGCAAGCUUGUUAUAGCUUUGGAUGCACCUCCUGCAAUGGCGUUCGCGCAGGAACUGGAGUCAUACUCACAUUAGCCUACGAUCCAACCACUUGGUGUAGUACAUACGCGCUAAGUGGCUGUCCCAAUGGUUACAGAGUUGGGAGCACCGCCAUCACCUCCACCUUAACAUGUAACCAAAAUAGUAGGUGGACGAGUGGAGCCUUCACCAGUCCAAAUGCUGGGCUUCUCACCGUGAACUGCGUCUAA